AGUGAUAAAUAUUUGUACGAUACACAUUCGAACGAUUCAAUAUUUGUAGGAAAUAUUGCAUGAUGAGGGAAGUGGGGAAUGUGAAAUCCUCCACAAUUAUUUUGAUCAGCAUUCUUUGGAUCCAUAAGGCUUCUGCUCAAUCUAACGUCACGUCGGAUUAUCCAGAGCUUCAGCCAGAUUGGUCGUAUUGCUUCGCUUUCACCUGGUUUGGCCCGGACUACGACAAUGUAACCAACAGAUACAAUAAUACAUGCGCCGAUUACUUCGAAGAGACAAGGGCUGAGGGAGUGCCUUGCACGCCGCCAAUUGUAAUUACAUAUAAUGGAACACCUCCCGACAUGGCUUAUCUUUGGGACAACCACAAAGCCAGCAUACUAUGCAGAAGGAGCUCCAACCAGAGAUGUAUGAAAUAUACUUACUUCCUUAACAAUCAUGUUACCAAUAUAACGUACUCAUGUGUCAAGGUACAUUACCAGGACGGCGGAGACAUCGACUACGGCUGUUUCAACCAGAAAUUGGAUGGUGGAUAUAAGACUGAAGCUUGCAUUUGUGAAUCCACAACGGGAAUAUACCCACCUUGCAAUAGAGGCUCUUUCAUCGAAUCUCUUUCAUAUUCCUUACUUGCAGCAAUAUUACUAGUAUCAUUCUCUAAUCUAUUCCAAUCUAGAAGAGCAUGAAAAAUAGAAACAAGAUACCGAAGGUAGGCUGUGGAGCAUUAUUUCAAUAACAACGUUCAACAAGUAUCAGGGUGUAUGUAUAAUAAACCAACUGAAUGGUGCACGAAAAAUUUACAUAUUUUUUUACUCUACAUGGUAUUACAAUACGUGGAAUAAAUAUCUUAUACCGAAAAAUAGAAACAAGAUACCGAAGGUAGGUUGUGAAGCAUUAUUUCAAUAAUAACGUUCAACAAGUAUCAGGUUGUAUGUAUAAUAAAUCAACUGAAUGGUGCACGAAAAAUGUACAUAUUUUUUUACUCUACAUGGUAUUACAAUACGUGAAAUAAAUAUCUUAUACCGAUUC